CAUCUCCAGAGGGCUAUCUCAGCACAACAAGUUUAUGGAGAGAAGAGGGAUAACAUGGUUAUACCGGUUCCAGAAGCAGAAAGUAAUAUUGCAUACUAUGAAUCUAUAUAUCCUGGAGAAUUUAAAAUGCCAAAGCAGCUGAUUCACAUACAGCCUUUUAGUUUGGAUGCUGAGCAGCCGGACUAUGACUUGGAUUCGGAAGAUGAGAUCUUUGUGAAUAAGUUGAAGAAAAGAAUGGACAUCUCUCCUUUGCAGUUUGAGGAGAUGAUAGACAGACUAGAAAAGGGCAGCGGUCAGCAGCCAGUCAGCCUGCAGGAGGCCAAGCUGUUGCUGAAGGAAGAUGAUGAAUUGAUCAGAGAAGUGUACGAGUACUGGAUUAAAAAGAGGAAAAAUUGUCGAGGUCCCUCUCUUAUCCCAGCAGUAAAACAAGAGAAACGAGAUGGUUCCAGCACAAAUGACCCUUAUGUUGCUUUUAGAAGACGAACAGAAAAGAUGCAGACACGAAAAAAUCGAAAAAAUGAUGAAGCAUCUUACGAGAAGAUGCUUAAGCUGCGCCGAGAUCUGAGUCGUGCAGUAACCAUCCUGGAGAUGAUAAAGAGGAGGGAAAAAAGCAAGAGGGAGUUGCUGCAUUUAACACUGGAAAUUAUGGAAAAGAGGUAUAAUUUGGGUGACUACAGUGGAGAGAUCGUGUCUGAAGUCAUGGCACAGCGGCAGCCACUUAAACCUACCUAUGCGAUUCCCAUCAUUCCUGUGUCUAACAGCAGUCCUUUUAAACACCAGGAAGCUAUGGAACUGAAAGAAUUUAAAGUUAAACAAGAUAAACCUGAUGUUAUUAGACCCAAAAGGAAGUAUGAGAAGAAGCCAAAAGUCUUACCUUCGUCUGCUGCUGCUACUCCUCAACAGACAAGUCCUGCUGCACUGCCAGUCUUUAAUGCUAAAGAUCUGAAUCAGUAUGAUUUUCCUAGCUCGGACGAAGAACCUCUCUCCCAGGUUUUGUCUGGUUCUUCGGAGGCUGAGGAAGAAAAUGAUCCCGAUGGUCCUUUUGCCUUCCGAAGGAAAGCAGGCUGUCAGUACUAUGCUCCUCAUUUAGACCAACCUGGCAACUGGCCAUGGAGUAGCCCUAAAGAGGGAAGAUUAGGAGAUGUGCGUUACCGAUACUGCUUAACCACUCUCACUGUCCCCCAGAGGUGUAUUGGGUUUGCACGAAGACGGGUUGGCCGUGGUGGAAGGGUGCUGCUGGACCGAGCGCAUUCGGAGUACGAGAAUACAUUUCAUCAUCUGGAUUCGGAGUUUUCCUCAUCACAACACUCUUCAAUCAGUCAAUUUGCCAAUACCUCAGAAACAAAUACCUCGGACAAAUCUCUCUCAAAAGACCUCAGUCAGAUACUAGUCAAUAUCAAAUCAUGUAGAUGGCGGCACUUUAGGCCUCGGACACCAUCCCUACAUGACAGUGACAAUGAUGAACUCUCCUGUAGGAAGCUCUACAGGGGUAUCAAUCGAACAGGCACAGCACAACCUGGGACCCAGACAUGCAGUACCUCUAUACAAAGUAAAAGUAGCAGUGGUUCAGCACAUAUUG